AUGAAGCUCAUCACCGUACUAAUAUCCGGAUCUGGGUCCAAUCUCCAAGCCCUCAUCGAUGCCCAAGCAUCCAACAGUCUUGGAAACGGUAACAUCACCCACGUGAUCUCCUCUAGUGCCAGUGCGUAUGGUCUCCAGCGUGCACAAGCAGCCCAAAUCCCCACCACGAUCCACCAGUUGAAGACCUACUACAAAGGAAUCCCCAAAGAAAACACACAAGAACGUACACAAAAACGCCACCAAUUCAACGUGGACUUGGCUAAUCUAUUGAUCUAUGGCAACAUCGAAGGAAACCCAGAUGCCCAAUACACCAAACCUCAUUUGAUUGUAUGCGCCGGAUGGAUGUUAAUCUUGUCACCACAAGUGUUGGAACCAUUAGAAAAAGCCGGUAUCACCAUCAUCAAUUUGCACCCGGCAUUACCAGGAGCCUUUGACGGAACCCAUGCAAUUGAGCGGGCAUGGAAGGCUGGCCAGGCAGGAGAAAUCGCCGAAGCUGGGGUGAUGAUUCACAAAGUUAUAACUGAGGUCGACAGAGGUCAGCCGGUAUUGGUGAAGCGUUUGGAGGUGGGGAAGCCACAAGAGACUUUGGAGGAAUACGAGAAACGAGUACAUGACUUAGAACACAUAGCCAUUGUGGAAGGCACCAACAUGGUGUUGAAAGAAUUAUAG